UAAUUCAAGAUAGCUAUUAUGGGACUGGAGAGGAUGAUAUGAGGGGUGAUGGUGGUAGUCAACUUUCUAAUGGUUUCUUUCUUUAACAAAACUUCAAGCAAAAGCCGGGCGCCGGUGGCUCACGCCUGUAAUCCUAGCUACUCAGGAGGCAGAGAUCAGGAGGAUCGCGGUUUCAAGCCAGCCCGGGCGAAGGAAAAGGACUUCAAGCAUUUUAGUUCUGUGAUUUAUAUCAAUGCCUCAGAAAACCUGCUGCCUCUAGAGGCAUUUCACACAUUUCCGGCUUUAAAGGAACUGGAGCUUGCAUUCAAUGGCAUCAAGACAGUCUAUGUGAAAUAUGGAGAUUUUAAGCCAUUGCAAUUCUUGGACCUUUCCUUCAAUAGCCUGACUACAGAGGCCGUUUGUGAUCUGGGGAUUCUGCCACACCUACGUGUCCUGCUCCUCACUGGCAAUGGGCUUACCUCCUUGCCACCCAGUUUGGCUGUUACAGAGCAGUAAGUUUACAUUCUCAAGUCUGUCCUGUGUGUUCCCUCAGAGCCUUUGUUUGGAUACCAGUAGCUAAAGAAAUGGUUCAGAGUGACUUGAAAAUGCCAUAAAGAUAGGAUGUAAGUGCUCAAAGCCAGGAUAAUGUCAUGUACUAAAGCUCCCAGGAAAGGAUUCAGAUGGGUGCCCCCACCUUCCUGUGUGCUGUUAAAAAAGACCUAGGUGUUUGGCAACCUACUUUCCCUGCCUCUGAUUGGUCAUUUGUGAACUGUAAACAUUGCUAGUGCCAGAUGAGCCAUCUUCUCCAGCUCAGUCUAUUUACUGGUCUCUAAAUUAGCUCUGUACUUUCCCACUGUGCACCUUUUUUGAGACUAUUUCUUCCGGCCAGAGUGUGCUGCACCUUCCUUUGAAUAAU